AUGGCUACCUACAAUCCCUUUGCCCGGCGUGAAUCACACCAUGCGUCCGCCUUGAACACUUACCGUGUGCUAGUGCCCCUCACCUGGGCGCUGGUCGUGAUCGUCGGAAUAUACUAUUCUGUCCACUCGCCGGAUGAUACGAAGCAUGGUAAGAAGAUCUGGAAGCAGGCCCAAAAGCAUAAUACGCCCUUCAGUCAGAAUACCACGGUGACCGGGGUUUACUGGAUCCUUCUCCUCCUCUCCCAGCUGAGCUAUGUUUGGCAUCUGUUCCACAAGGACACGGCUAUCGUGGCAGCUGCCGCGAACGUCGCGACCCAUUUCAUCCUGAACAACGUGUUCAUCGUCAUCUGGAUCCUGCUGUGGACUCGCAACUACUUCUGGUGGGCUGAGGUCAUCCUCAUCAUCCACUUUAUUAAUCAGGCUGUUACCUACUGGCGACACCGCGGACUCCCCGCCUUUGUGCAUCUGCCUGCUGUCGCGGGUCCGUACGCUUGGACUUUGACGGCCCUGUUCUGGAACGGCGCCGUCGCGGUGCACAGUCACAACCUGCCCGGUCGGAUCGUGGCUAAUAUCUUCAUUUGGGUGAUUCUGUUCAUUGGUUUGCAACACAUUCUGCUGCGGAACGAUUAUAUCUUGGGAUACUGUUUGAGUUUCCUGACUCUUUCACUGGCUCUCAGGCAAUUUGCAGUCAAGAUCAUCGCCCUUCAGUGGAUCUUCGCCUUCACCAUCUUCGGCGUCUUCACUGCCGUCUCUCUGUACGUCUCGACUACUACUUACACCGGUCGCGACAGCUUGUUCCGCCGCGUGGCGCACCCCGAGUCGAGUGAUCGGGAACGGGAGCCGCUGCUCAACGACGCGUAG